AUGUCGCAUGCCAACCCUUCCUCUGUCGGUGAAGUGCUCGCAUCAUCUGCCUCUGGAACGAAGUUUUUGAUAUUGAUUCAAUUGGCUUCGCGUGUGUUCACAUUUGCCUCAAAUCAGCUGAUUUUGCGGGCUUUAUCACCGGUGGUGCUAGGUGCUGCUGCUCAGUUGGAGCUUUACCAAGUCUCGAUCCUAUAUUUCUCGAGGGAAAGUAUCCGGCUGGCUAUACAGCGACAGCCGUUAUUAUCAGGGUCUGUACCAGGCGACUCCAGCGUCCAUGAUGGCCCAAAGAAAAACCAAGAUCCCGCCACUACACCUGCCAUUGCAUCUCAGUCUGUGGUCAACAUAUCGUACCUGAGCAUUUUGCUUGGCUUCCCAUCUGUAUUGGUGUUUACCCUUCUCUAUCAACACUUUGCCGCCGAGCAGACCCAAGCAGUCCCUUUCUUUGGCAUCAGUGUCGGUAUAACAGGACUAGCAGUGCUUUUGGAAUUGAGUAUAGAACCCUGUUUUGCUAUUGUCCAGCAGCAACUUUGGUAUGAUAAGCGUGCUACGGCGGAGGUGCCUGCGGCGUUACUCAAAAGCAUUACAACAUGUAUGUCCUUUAUGUAUCUGUCUCGACGGGGAUAUAAUGCUGGGACCCUGCCUUUUGCACUCGGUUUUCUCAGCUACUCAGCCACUUUGAUCGGGGGCUACUGGUGGUCUCUUCUACGACGUGGUAACGAGCGAUCGUUUUCAUUUCUCCUGACGAAACUAUCACCUCGUGGAAAUCCAGAUUAUCUCUUCGGGCUGUUUUCUCGACAGCUGAUGACCGUGGCAGCGAGUGUGUUUUUCCAGUCUCUGGUAAAGCACCUACUAACUCAGGGAGACUCGAUGAUGCUUGCUGCUCUAUCCACCCUGGAAGACCAAGGGAUAUAUUCUUUGGCCGCCAAUUAUGGCGGGCUCUUGGCUCGUAUUGUCUUUCAGCCUCUUGAAGAAAGUAGCCGCAAUUUGUUUUCCAUGUUGCUGAAUCCUGAUGACAGCGGACAACGCAAAAGGAAUCAAAUUCGCCUCGCCAAGGUGCAUCUAGUCGACGUUCUUCAGGCUUAUGAACUCCUGUCAAUUCUGCUUUUCCCCAUCGGACCAGUCAUGGUACCACAUGUACUGCAUAUCAUUGGCGGUCAACGAUGGGCUUCGUCCAAAAUCGGGGCCUUCUAUCGCUCUACUGUUAUUACAUCCCCAGCCUAUUUAUUCCUAGAGGUUGGAGCUAUGGGUGCGUACGGGCUGGUGUUGGCGAACAUUGUGAACAUGGUGGUUCGAACUCUAUGGAGUUACUUAUUCAUUAAAUCAUACCUUGAAAAACAAGGAGAUGGUCUCAGUCUUAGAGAAGUGGCAGUUCGGCCUGUCACGUUUGCGUUGGUAGCCAUUGCAACAGCGACACAGGCCACUAUGGACUUUCCAGACCUCUUUUCGAAGAUGAUCCCAAGCACAGCAAUAAGUGUUGCCUACACCCUUUUGAUGUGA